AUGAUGCCAAAUAUGAAUGGCUUCGAAUUAAUAAAGAAACUUCGAUCUAACACGGCAACUCGGUUAAUUCCCGUGAUCUUUUUGUCCGCAAGAGCGGGUGAAGAAGCUAACGUCAAAGGAUUGGAGCAAGGGGCAGAUGACUAUUUGGUCAAACCAUUCAGUGAAAAGGAGUUAAUUGCUCGAAUCAACGUCAAUAUCACAUUCUCGCAUCUUCGUCAAAAGCUCUUUCUGCAGCAAAAACAACAAUCGGAUACUAGUGAGUUGUUAUUCUUUAUAAGCGAGAAGAUUCGCUCUGGAUUCGAUAUAGGGGAAACCAUAACUAUAGCUAUCGAGAAAAUAAUGAUAUUAAUGCCCUGCGAGAGAAUAUUUCUUGUUAAAACAGACUCCGUGAACCCAGAUCUUGCUCUCGUGAUGGCUUUCUCAUCCUCUGAUCCAAAUGAAGUAAAUCCAACAGGAAGGAUCAUACCAUACACAUUUAAUAAGAAUGAAAAAUUCCUUCAGAAACUAUACCAAAGAUAUAAUAUCGGAAACUCUUCCGAGAUGGAAGGAUCACUUAAAACGCUUCAAGAUGCGUUUGUAGAUCAUGAUGAAUAUCUCUUAAAAGAGAAUUUCUAUUCGAAUAAACUUGGCCGUUAUGUUUCUACUAUCGCUGUGCCAAUCAGAGCUAAAUCAUCGUUGUGGGGAUGGAUCGUUUCUAACAGGCCGCCAGAUAAAACUUGGUCGGAUUCUGAGAAGAAAAAAUUAAAAAAUGAGGCUCAGAUGGAAGCUGCAAGAGCAGCUAACGAAGCAAAGGGGCAAAUUUUAGCCAAUACUUCUCAUGAACUUCGAACACCGCUAGGUGCGAUUAUAGGGGUAUUGUCAGCAUUUGAAGGCACUCCGCUAACUAAAGAUCAAGAGGACAUGGUUCAAAUAAUGACACGUACAUCGGAAGUUGUUCUUUCCGUGGUUAAUAAUAUUCUUGACGCAGCAAAACUUGAAGCUCAAAAAAUUUCGCUCGUAGACAAAGACUUUGCCCUACUCCAUGUGGUCGAGGAAACUAUUAGCAUAAUUGGAGAAAGAGCUGGAGCCAAGCAACUUGAAUUGAUCUUAUGCUAUGAAUAUAAAUCUCUGCCAAACUAUAUAAAGUCAGAUCCCGAUAGUGUAAAAUUUACGGAAACGGGAGAAAUAAUUCUCAAGGUUUCAAUGGCUUCCGAUAAAUUCGUGACUGGAGAGAAUGACGUAAAGGAAAAUUGCACGUUAUACGUAGAAUUAACUGACACCGGUAUUGGCAUUGAUCCAGAAUUCAUGAAACAUAUGUGGGAAAGCUUUUCACAAGCGGAUGCCUCAAUAACAAGACGCCAGGAUGGUACAGGGCUGGGUCUUUCGAUUUGCAAACAUUUGGUAACUAUGAACGGGGGUCAGAUAGGUGCCACAAGUGAAUUAGGAAAAGGGAGUCGAUUCUGGUUUACUUGGAAUUUCGAGCCGCUACAGCCUAUGUCAUUUAACUUGCCAUUUUCUCCGACUAUACGAUCCAAACGUGUCCUUGUAAUUGAUCCCGUUGAUGCAGCUCGUAGUGCCUUAGUCAGAUUUCUUAGCGAUCAUGUUAAACAAGUUAGAGCAUUUAAUACAAUUGAAAACGGUGUUACAUCCGCAAAACCGUGGAAAGAACAUAAUGAACUAUAUGAUCUCGCGUUCUUUAAUAUUCACAAAGACAAUGUAUAUGAUAUCAGAAAAGCAGCAAAUGAACUAAGAAGCUUAUGCGGAGAUCAUAUGCGCAUAGUCUUAAUGGCUUUUUGGUCCACUAAAGGGCGUAUUUUAGGAGAAGAAAUAAUGAAGGAAGUUGGGGGCCGAAUUACCACAUUAUAUAAACCCAUUAUGCACAAACGAAUAUUAGAUUGCCUACAUGACAUUGAAAACUUUAAUUCAACAUCUAACAAGCUUCAUGCUCAUAGCAUCAUUAAAUCAGAAGAAUAUUAUCAACCUUCAACCCGUAUAAGCGAAGAAAAAGAUUUGUCUACUCGUAUAAAUGCAAAUAAUACCGAAGUUACUGCUAUGUUAAUUGAUGGAGAAGAUAGGGUGGAUCAAGUCAGAACUCCUGAUAAUUCUUCUGGUUCCUUAAAAAGAAUAUCUCUUGCGGAUGGAAAAACUCUCGAUGAUCAUGGUCACGUGUUAAAAUCAAGGACGCGUCCUACUUCAAGGUCGAAAUGCGUAUUGUGCGUGGAAGAUAAUCCCAUAAACUUAAAGGUUUUACAACAUCAACUCACAAAACUCGGAUAUCAAUCAAUUUCUGCGACAAACGGUCAAGAAGCUGUAGAUUUAAUAACUGAUUUCACCACUCACUCAAAUAAUGAAGGUUCAUCCUCGUCUCCCCAUUCCAGUCACCACGAAAAAAUCUCUUUGAUCUUGAUGGAUUGUGCGAUGCCAGUGAUGUCAGGAUUUGACGCCUCAAAGGUCAUAAGAGCAAUGGAAUCUUCAAUGUCACAAAUACCAAUUAUUGCAUUAACGGCUUCGGCUAUUCAAGGUUCCAAAGAAAAAUGCCUUGAAUCGGGGAUGAAUGACUUUCUUACAAGCCAUUAA